UGCUGCUUGCCACCAGCAGCCAAAGCCAAGGCAAGAGCCGAGCUCAGUGCCGGGCACACGGCUCCGCUCUGGAUGCUGUCCCAAAAAGGUGCUGGUUGCGUCACCACCACAGAGCCGUCAGCUUUCCAUCCCAUCCCCCCUUGUAGGGCUACAAAAGCAAACGGACGAGCAAGCGCGUCCGUCUUUCCAGGGGUUCAUUCGCUCCUCACUUUUGGCCAUGGUCGCGGUCGAGGUCAUCGCCAUCCUCAGCCUCGCGGCUCUGCUCCCCACCACCGCCUUCCCCUGCGGAACCCUGCGCCCGGACAACGCCACAGCAUCGAAGCUCCUGGGGACUUGGCUCUACGUGGCUGGGGCUGCCCAGUUCCCCCAGCACCUCCUGGAGUUGCUGCUCAUCGACAACGGCCAACUCCACGUGGAGCCCCACACCAGUGAGCAGCCGCUGCUCAUCACCCAUCGCGUGGCUGCAGGGGACCAAUGUCACACCAACAACUCCACCUACUUCGAAAUCGCUGUCGGUAACACCACCCUGGUGAAGCACGCCAAGACACAUCAAACUGUGGGGAUGCUGAUGAACCUCAGCUCUGAAGACACUUUACUGGUCCGGUACCACAUGCAGAAGGAAAGGACGUAUUUAGGGCUGUAUCUCUACGCCCGAAACCUAAGCAUAAGCACAGCCCAGCGGGAAGAGUUUGAGCACCAUGUCAAGUGCCUGGGGCUGAAGGAAGAGGACAUCGUGUACGCACCAUGGAAAACGGAGCUGUGUCAGGUGGGAGAAAUCAAAAAAGGAAACAGCCCACGCACAGAGCCUGCGGCUGCGGUCACAGCAUCGUCCCCUCUGGGUAACUACCAGCCUGGGAGCAUGAGGAAUGACACCAUGGUGACAGCAUCACCUCCUCUGGGUACCCACCAGCCUGGGAGUGUGGAGAAUUGACACCAUGGUGACAGCAUCACCCCCUCUGGGUACCCACCAGCCUGGGAGUGUGGAGAAUUGACACCAUGGUGACAGCAUCACCCCCUCUGGGUACCCACCAGCCUGGGAGCGUGGGGAACUGAUGCCACAUUAAGCAAUAAAUGU